AUGAGAAAAAAUUCCUCUCAACAUCAAGAAACCCCAAUGAACUUUCUUCGGUCGCUUGCGUUGGCGCCUGUGAUGCCCAGAUUGGGCUGCCGGGGUUUUUCGGGCAGCUCGGUGGCGCUUGCUGAAAAAUACUACAAAAUCACAAAGUACACCAAGCCUGUGGACACCAACACCUAUGUCGGCGGACAAGAAAUGCCAUACAACAAAAUCAUUCCCCGCGUGAAGAAAUUGUAUCCUGAGUACGAGUACGAGACCAUGUUCUUCAAGAGACAGAACAGAGGAUUGUACGCGGGGCUCCAGCGCAAGAGAUCCAAGACGUGUUCCGAAAGCGGCAACAAGAACAACAGGGUGCAUUUGCCCAACAUUGUGCGGGCCAAACUAUGGUCGGAAACGCUAAACAAGCGUAUUUCGGCGCGUGUUUCGACGACCUUGUUGCGUACGGUGACGAAGGAGGGCGGCUUGGACAACUACUUGCUCAAGGACAAGCCAGCUCGUGUGAAGACAAUGGGGUUGAAAGCGUGGAGAUUGAAGUACGACAUCAUGAAGAAGAAGGAGAUCGAGGCGAACUCCGAGAACCUGCCAGCGACCGUGUAUCACGUUCUGGAGUCCGGCAAGAAAAUCACCGUGGGAAGAAACAAGCUUUUGAAGGCGUUGUAUCCCCUUGUGUUCAGAGACAGCUACGAGCCCAUUGACUGGAAUCAGUUCCUCAAGACACACACGGUGUUGUCCACAGAAGAGUUGGUGCAGAAGUUGGAGAAGUAUGACUACGACUUUUCUUCCAUCACCGUCUAG